AUGUCAGUGGAGGAACUUUUUGCCACUGCGCGCAAGUACUCAGACAGUGUUGUUGGGGGGCCUGCAUGGGACAGACUAUUUUCUUUGCGUUUGACAAAUGAAGAAAUUCUUUGCAUUGCAAAAAAAAUGAUAUUGAGUCAGCCAACUUUUUUAAUGGAAGUCAAUGGAACAAAAUUGGAGGAGAUUCCACCUUUGGCAGUUGCCGUGAGGAUUGAAGCGUUCACGAAUGUACCGAAAUCGGAAGGUGAGUCGGGAGGAGUUGAAAAGGCCGUGGCAUUGGAGGAGAAAAGGACAGCGGCGCAACAACGUGAGGUGCUGCGGGAGUUGGCAUCCGUGCGGGCGCAGUACCGGGCCGUUCUUCGUGAGGGAAAUGAUCUGAUGGCUUGCAUCGAUGAGGAAGAGCGCAGGUGGAAUAAGAUUGAGAUGCAUCGAGAAGAGGAGCAGCGCAAGCGGAAGGAACACCCGGCUGCGCCGCCAAGUGAGCACGAUGAACACAUCAGGAAGAAUGUAUGCGCAUUAGAGACUCUGCAGCAGAAGAGGGAGAAGGAGGAGGAAUCGGCACAGGCGACCGCGCGGACGGUGAUGGCAGAGAAGAAAAGGAAGAAGACGGGAAAGGGCAGUCGUGGCGGUGGUGGCAGUGAGAAGAAGUUUGCGUCUACCAGCAAUGUUACCAGCAAGGAGGCUGAAAUACGGAACGUAAGGGCUCACAACACGGCCCUUCGCAGACUUCUUGAGAAAUUAGCCAACGAGCUGAAGGAGGAGGAACAGACAAUGGAAAAUUUGUCUAUCGACCUCCGUGGAUUUAUGAGCGACAUCAACAAACUAGAAAAGGCAAAACUCCUCCUCACAGUUGAGCACGGUAUGCUCAUGAAUACCACCGCCCGUCUGCAGCAGUCCUUACGGGAUCAGAAGGAAAAGCUGCGCCAGGAGCAGGAGGCCGCCGCCGCAGAGCAGAGGGAAAUUUCUAGGCGUCUUCUGGUACAACAGGAGCGUACGAAAAAAUCACUGCAUGAGAAGAACGGCACCACGGAACUUCUUCAUCGACUAAAAACAAACCUGAGCAAAUAG